CAGUGACUUUGAACGGUUAAAUGUGAAAACAGGGGGUGAAAACCACCUACCUUGUUGUUGGAACAAAAGGAGCGUGGCUGAUUUCUCCUGUGCUCCUGUUUCUCUGCUGCCUGUCCAUGUAAAGCCUGCUCAGAUGCACACAGAUAACUGCACCUUCCAGCUCAGAAUGCAACAACCUGCUAAAGCUGUUUGUGCACCGGACAGUGAAGUGCACAAGCCCUGGGAUGAGACAGAGGUUGUGUUUGUUUGUUCAGGAAAACUGUUUAUGAGCAGAGAAGCAUCCAAAAGCAGCAAGAUCCAGCUGCCACAGAUACUGUUCUUUCUCCUCCAGAGGAAUGUAACAGCCAGGUAUAUUACACACAAUCUAGAAAAGGUACCUGUACAUUAUCACAGGAUGAAAACGCCACGGCACAAGAAAAACUGGAAGAAGAACGUGCUCUUGGUCCUGGUCCUACUAGAAAGGUUCUGUCAUCCAGCAACUUGCAGGAGUGGGCUCAAGAGGAAGACCCCAAAAUAUGAAAGGGGCGUGUUCCAGCUGAUACCACAGCCCAGGAGCACCGAGUGCUGGAAACAUGUGAAACAUCCAGCUCUGCAGAGCAGCUCCUUGGAGUCCAGGAGUUUGGUACGUGCUGUAACUCUGCUGAAGUUACAGAUUAUUUUGUACAGAUCAGAUUAUUGUGUGUCCUGGUCUGUGCUCACUGCGCUCCCUUUGCUCUUUCCUCCUCAUCCCUCAGACCUCCCCCUCGUUUCACAGCUGGAUCCUCUCACUCUCCGCACCUUCAUGUAUCUAUUACUUUUGGUGUCUGCAAACAGCCAGGGAUGUGGGCCAGGGAGCAAGGGCACUGUUACCGAAAUGACACCCUCUCACUCCCCCAAAUCCUCUGCUCUCGCCCAGCGCUGUGUUGGACUGUCGGGCUGA